UAACGAUGCCCGAAGUGGCAAACGAGCCCACCAGCGAGCAAUCUUCUUCGAUUGUUGUGGACAUCGACGGUGAAGUGCGCACAUGCCGGCUUGAUCUUGAGCACGAUGGUGUGGCCGUGAUGAUUGAGCCGUCGUCCGAAGACUAACUGAUGUGCAUCGCAUCGAUUGCUUAACAUCGAAAGAAAACUUUUGGCUGAACGGCUUUUCGCUUCUCCUUAUCGGAAAAUCCGUAAAUUUAAGAAAUAUUUUUUCUGUGGAAUCUUAUUAAGCUACAUUACCUCAACAUGCUUUGGAAUCAGAAAUAUCGAGUUAAUACAACUCCGCCGAAUAAUGCGUCAACACAAGCCAAACAUAAGUUUUUGGCUGCAAUGACUAAAUUCAUUGAGCAAAGCAAGACCGGGGAUGCCGUUAAAAUUCAAGUGGAAGCCGCUAAUGGAGUUACAGUCAAUGGUAAAGAAAUGUCCAACUUUGCUGAGCUUGUUCAAUCUACUCGAGAUGUCUUUUAUACCAAUAAAACUCGGCCAAUCGAAUUUAGGAUCAAACAGCUGAAAGCAAUGAAAAAGUUAAUAGAAGAAAACGAAACAGAACUGAGUACUGCACUAAGUAAUGAUUUAGGUCGAAGUAAGUUCGAAAAUUAUGUCCUUGAGAUUGAUUUUACUCUCAACGAAUGCAUUCAUAUGCUUCACAACAUAAAAAAAUGGUCUGCUCCAGAAAGGCCACCAAAAGGAAUCGUUAAUCUUCUAGAUGAUGUAGUUAUUUACAAAGAACCGUAUGGAGUAGUUUUAGUAAUAGGUGCUUGGAACUAUCCCCUUCAGUUAACAUUAUGUCCAGUUAUUGGGGCUAUUGCUGCUGGAAACUGUGUGAUUAUUAAACCAUCUGAAGUGUCUGGGGCUGUGGCAAAAAUAAUUGCUGAACUUAUACCUAAAUAUUUGGAUAAUGAAUGUUAUAAAGUAGUAGUUGGUGGAGUUGCAGAAACAACUGAACUUCUCAAACAGAAGUUUGAUUACAUUUUUUAUACCGGUUCUACUACUGUAGGACGUAUAGUCAGAGAAGCGUCAAAUAAAUUUCUAACUCCAGUAACACUAGAACUUGGUGGCAAAAGCCCUGUUUACAUCGAUGGUACAUCUGAAAUGCCUGUUACAGUCAAAAGAAUCUUGUGGGGAAAAUUUAUAAAUGUUGGACAAACUUGUAUAGCUCCAGACUAUAUUAUAUGUUCGAAGGAAGUACAAAAUGUUUUUAUCAAGGAAGCAAAAAUAAUUAUGAAAGAAUGGUAUGGUGACAAUCCAAAAGAAAGUCCAGAUCUUUGUCGUAUAGUUAGCGACAGACAUUACCAACGCUUAGUAGGUUUUCUUACGAAUGGUGAAGUAGCUAUUGGAGGUCAAGUAGAUGCAUCUCAAAGAUAUAUUGCACCAACAAUUCUUAUAAAUGUUAAGCUGACAGAUCCUGUGAUGAAAGAAGAAGUUUUUGGACCAAUACUUCCUAUUGUGAAUGUUGAAAAUGCUUAUGAAGCAAUCAAAUUCAUCAAUGAAAGAGAAAAUCCACUAGUACUAUACGUUUUUACUAAAGAUAAGGCAGUUCAAAAAUUGUUUAUAAAUCAAACUAAAUCUGGUUCUGCUGUUGUCAACGAUACAAUGAUGCAAUAUGCCGUUGAUACCCUACCUUUUGGAGGCGUUGGAGCGUCCGGAAUGGGAGCAUAUCAUGGAAAAUUGACAUUUGACACGUUUGUUCAUCAGAAAGGUUGCCUCAUAAAAAGUUUCAAUAUUAUCGGCGAAACUUUGGCUUCAGCACGAUACCCACCUUAUUCUGAUGCCAAAUUGAAAUUUCUCUCGUUGCUGGUUGCAAAAAGACCAGACAUCCCCGGAAUUCAAUAUUUGCCUCAUUUAAUGAUGUUUGGGUUAGGCGUGGCAGCGACUUUUGCCGUCAAAGCCCUUAUGAAGGGGAAUCCGUAUGGUGAUGAGGUGUAGCAUUGUGUAAUUAGGAACGUCAUUACACAAAAGUACUCAAGAAUUUUUCUAAGCAUAUUUCUAGAACCCAGUCACGAAUAUUUUUGCAGAUAUGAUUUUUGAAUUUGGUAAAAAAUUCUUUAGUUGCUAUUAUUUUAGGUUUUUUUAAUUACUUUGCAAUCACAAAAAUAAUUUGUGAAAAUGACAUCAAUUUAUAGCGUUUAAGUGAAACAUCGCGAAAUGCAUAAAUUCUAUUAAUUACUAUCUUUUUGUGGAACGAAAUGAUUUUUAAAUUAUUUAUCACUUGAUAGUUUUCAAUUUCAAUCAGUCAUUAUAUAUUUUUUUAAUUUUAUUUAUUGGAAUAUUAAAAAAAUGAAAUUCAGUAAUAUUUAUUUUAUGAUUAAAUCCUAUUUAAUUUUACCUAAAAUAAGAGUGAACUAUUGUAUUUAAUUUGUUUAGGAUUUCUGCAUAGAAGGUAUAUAAAUGGAGUAUA